UGAUUGACAACAAACAAUAACAAGAAGAAAAGAAAUAUAAUUUGAAACAUGAAGUACUCCUAUUUAAUGCUCACCUUUUUAUAUGGAUUGAUUAUUUGCGGUGGGGUCUGGGCCUCUGGCGAACCCAAGUGCAAGUUGAACGAGGAUUUAAAUGCAAAUGACAUGGCUGAUGAGGAACACGAACACUUGGACGAUUCGGUGGUGACCUUGCCCUUCAAGUUCAUUGGCCAUCACUUGAAGCAGGAGUUGCAUAGACUGCGUGACAAUAUGGCAGUGCUCAACGAUGUGAAUCAACGUAGCAACAGGAUCGUGCAGCCCAAACGAAAACUCCCGGUCCAACGUGGAGUGCUUAGCAGGAUGCAGGCGAGUGGAAUACCGGAAGUCAUCCAGGAGAUGACGCGUCGUGCCUUUAACCAACUGGAGGACAGCAAGAACAUCACCGAGUUGCUGCCCUCGGUGAAUCUGGAAUCCCUGAUAAAUCACAACCCACUAAAUGGGGCCAAUCACGUGGUUUUCUACAAGGUGCACACCCUCAAACUGGCCAACCAAACACUCUCCGUCAUCCGCUAAGUCAAUGGAAACACAAAACACUUUCAAACACAACACUUUAUGCAUAUAAUUUCCUAAACUUUACACUAUUAACAGCAACGGGAUUAGCAACAUUAUCUUAUCUGGUAAAAUCGAUUAUGGUUGGACACUCGGAAACAUACUCAGUUGAAACUAUCAAAAAAUAUGAAAAAUAUAUUGCUCGAUUUGUCGGAACUAUU